AUGCUUGAAUUCGUGCAUGUCAGCGGUUCGUCUGGAGGAAAGGAUCUCCAGACGCGGAGAAAAGUCCGCUCGCAAGCAAUGCGAGACUUUCGAAGACGCCAGAGAGAAGAGCGCGAGGCUGGUAAGCCGGGUGCCAAGCCUCAUGGCAAACGACUCUCUGUGCCACACAGUCGAAGCGUCAGUCCAGCAUGGCCAGGACGGGAGCGUGCAACAUCAACAAGCUCGAUGUCGACAGAAGCGUCAUCAUCUCGAAGACAUUCCUCGAGAAGCGCCGCCAGCCCUCGACCCAUGCCGUUCGUCUCGCAAAAGGAUGGCGAGAGCUCUUUCCAAGCCAUGCACAUAUCGCAGCCAUCGUCGACGACUCAAUUCGACAUGAGCGCUGUCGACGCCAUGGAGAAUUGGCAGCUCGACCCUAAAUCGACGCAGAUGGAUUCGUUGUCUGCGUACUGGCAGCCUGCAAUGACAGGAGAGCCGUCGCCCUCUAACGUCACCCAAGAGCAAGCAACAUGGCUCAACGACUCAGACGACUUCUUCGGAUCGACCGCUCAGAUAGGGCAGAUGCUCGGAUUCUGCCGGUCUUAUCUCCAUUGGCUUCUUCCUGGUGUCGAAACGAAGACUGCGGGCAAAAUGCUUGGUCAGGCUUGGGACCAGAGUCAGUGUCCGAUGCUCCUAGCAGCGUGCUGUCUGGCUUCGGUUGGUCACCUUGACGCGGUCCAGCCCAAUAGACCGCCUGGCAACUACGAGGUAUACAAAGCAAAUGUACUUCGUCAUAUUAGCAGACGUAUGCAGUCGCCUGACUUAGCAACUACUGAUGAGACUGUUGGCGCGCUGGCAUGUUUACUGUCGUUCGAAAUGUCGAAAGGCAGUACAGAAGCCCUGACACACUUGCAAGGCCUUCAGAGUGUAAUUGCACUAAAAGGAGGUCUCGAUAAACUUCAGCUUCAAGGGGUUCCGAUGAUGAUCAAAACGCUGGACUUACUCUAUGCGGUCCUAUUCGACAGCGAACCAAUCCUGAUAAACUCUCAAACACUUAAGGCCACCAAUACGUCGUCGUCUGAAUCGCCAUCCGACUUCGACGCUUUCGCGAAGCUAAUACCGAUUCUCGUCGCCGAGCAAGAAGCCUUGCAGCAAUCCAACCAGGUCUUGCACGCCGAGCAGCUAGAAGGGUUGCCUAUGAUACUACAAAAUGCAUCAUCCUGCCUACAAGCCGAUUCAAACAAUUCGUCUUCACAUCCCACGACCGAUUCGGAGGCUACAGAGACGUUCAGAGCGGGCCUAGUGGCCUUCGGUCAACAUGCAUGUAUGGAGGAUCAACUGAAUCCGGACUCGAUCCACCUGGGACGAUGCUGCUACUUCACAUUGUCAACCCUGUUCAACGUGAUCGUCAACAAAGCACCACAUCGGCAUGCAAAGAACCAGAAGCUCGUGGAACACGUGUUUGACGCCAUCCAACGGGUCAAGAACAGCACCUGGGCGUCAAUACCAUAUCUUCGACUGCUCGUCCUACUAUCUGCAGCGGUGACGACCAAUGCUCAACACAUGAAGAGUUUCUUCAAAGCCGAACUUGUGAGGAGCAUCUAUCAAAUGGGUGUAGAUGAAUGGAAACGGAUCGAGACCUUCGUCGUUCGAUUCCUGGAGAUGAAGCGGGUGUUGGAACGACCAGAACGAAGAUCAAGUGCACCUAUGGAAAUGGACGUCUCGACAAUGGUGCCAGCAAGUCCGGUGGUCGCGCAGCCUUGGCAGAUAUCACAAGGCCGUGGGUCAACAUCACUUAGGCCUGACGGAGUGAAUUCGUCCACAGCGUAUGAGGCCAACAUAUGUGCCGUAGGGGGCACAAACCUCCCUUCCUCUGACAUCACAGCAAAGGCAGUGCCGGCCUCGACAGUAGCCGCUGGGUCUUUGCUUUCAACGCCCUUUGAGGAGAACAUAGAUCCGUUUCUAAGAUUUGGUACAACAGAAGAGUAUUGA